GCCAGUCCUUUUACCCAAGCUGCUCCGCAGAAGGGAGGGACGAGCAAUCCUCAGUUGGCCACCUCUGUUUAGGAACUUAUGGCGAAGAUAAGACGCCAAGUAUCUCCUGCCACAAGUGUGCCACCUCCAUCCCCGGUGGUUUCCACUCCUACGGCCCCUGCUCCAAUUUCCCCUAUUCUUAUAUCUUCUACUCCUGCUGUGCCUAGUUGGAAGGUUUCUGAUGACCUUAAGGUCAAUGUAGGCAGUUACAUGCUUACUGGGAAGGCAUUAACUUGGUGGGAGAGUUAUUUGAAGCUACACCAAGGAGAGCCUGAAUUAAGCACUUGGGAUGGUUUUAAGAAGGUGUUCAUGCAAGAGUACAUACUGGAUAGCAAAAGGUGGGAACUGCAAAGGGAAUUUGCAGACUUAAAGCAAGGGUCAGGUACUGUUGAGCAGUACAUGGAGGAGCUUGACUGCUAUCUGCCUUUUGUGGGUAGCCAAGUUGGCGAUGAGCAAGCCAAGGUCGACAAACUUCUGUGGGGCUUGAAUUUCGAUAUUUAUUUGGCGGUAAACCAAUUUAAACCCGCCACUUAUCGGGAGGCAGCGGACAAAGCCCUAGACCAGGAGAAGGCUAUGGCUAGGGUCAAGUCCUCAGGGCAGCACGGUGUUGGGUCAUCCCUUGGGAAGAGAAAAUUCAAUGGGAGCCGUAGGCCCUUUGUCCCUGCACCACCUAAGCCUGAUAUUAGCAAGGGUUCGAAAAGGCUAGGAGCUACCAAGAUUGGGGCCCAGGCAUCCACGGCCCAACGUGCUCACCUUACUCCACCUACUUGCCACUUUUGUGGGAAGGUUGGGCAAACCCAUGAUCAGUGCCACCUUAUUACUGGAGCUUGCUUCAGAUGUGGCAAGACUGUGGAUAUUUAUAUUGAUGGUAGACAGUUGGGUGCUAGCUUGUUUGUUUUAGAUAUUUCUGAUUUUGAUAUCAUUUUGGGGAUGGAUUGGUUGUCAAAACAUUUUGCCUCUAUAGACUGUCAUCGGAAAUGGGUAAUUUUUAAUAUUCCUGGUGAGCAAGAAUUUAGUUUCCAAGGCAGUGGCUCUUUUGCUCCACCCAUGUUAAUAUCUGCCUUGCAGGCCCAGAAAUAUCUUGUAAAUGGUUGCCAAGGUUUCUUAGUUUUCGUCACUGAUGCUAGUAGUGUGACAUCGAGACUAGAAGACAUACCGGUGGUGCAUGAGUUUCCGGAUGUAUUUUCGGAGAAUCUCCCAAGUUUACCUCCGGAUAAGGAGGUUGAAUUUGCUAUAGACCUUGUUCCUGGCACCGGACCUAUUUCCAAAGCACCAUACCGUAUGGCUCCUACAGAAUUGAAGGAGUUAAAGAUUCAGCUGGAGGAACUCCUUGAGAAAGGGUUUAUACGCCCGGCUGUGUCACCUUGGGGAGCUCCAGUGUUGUUUGUUAAGAAGAAGGACGGGAGCAUGAGGCUAUGCAUUGAUUACCGGGAAUUGAAUAAGGUGACUGUAAAGAACCGGUAUCCCCUUCCUAGAAUUGAUAACUUGUUUGACCAGCUCAAAGGUGCUCAGGUAUUUUCUAAGAUUAAUCUUCGAUUUGGCUACCAUCAGUUGAAGAUUAAACCGGAUAAUGUGCCAAAGAUUGCCUUCCGCACCCGUUAUGGUCAUUAUGAAUUCAUAGUCAUGCCAUUUGGCUUGACAAAUGCCCCUGCUAGAUUUAUGGAUUUGAUAAAUCGGGUGUUUAGCAAGUACCUAGACCAGUUUGUGGUUGUCUUUAUUGAUGACAUUUUGGUCUAUUCUUCUAGCCAUGCUCUUCAUGAAAAGCACUUAAGGACAGUCCUUGAGACAUUGAGAAGUGAGAGGUUGUUUGCUAAAAAAAUUGAGGCCGUGGUGAAUUGGAAAAGGCCGAAUAAUGUCGCAAAAAUCCAGAGUUUUCUGGAAUUGGCUGGUUAUUACCGCCGAUUUGUGGGGGAUUUCUCCAAAAUUGCUCAACCUAUGACCUGUCUGAUCAGGAAAGAUGCCAAGUUUGAGUGGACUCUAGAGUGUGAGGAGAGCUUUUUGACCUUGAAGGAGAAGUUGGUCACUACUCCUUUAAAGCCUUAUGAAGAAAAUUACCCUACCCAUGAUCUGAAGUUGGCAGCUGUAAUAUUUGCCCUAAAGAUUUGGAGGCAUUAUCUGUAUGGUGAGACUUGUGAAAUCUUUACUGAUCACAAGAGCCUUAACUACCAUCCGGGCAAAGCUAACAAAGUAGCAAAUGCGUUGAGUAGGAAGUCCUCGGGCACUGCCUCUAUCAUCCUUGCCACUCAGAAGGAGCUACUUGAGGAUCUUGUGAAACUGGAUGUGGAGUUGAGAAUGGACAGCACUACGGCUUAUCUAGCCGUUCUCAGUGCACAACCGACAUUAAUAGAUAGAAUUAAACUUGCCCAGCACAAAGAUCCUUUCUUGCAAAGGAUGAAGGAAAAAGUAAAAGCUAGGGAACCCCACAUGCAAGAAUUCAGAAUUUCUAAUGAUGAGAUUCUGUGGUUUGGUGACAGGCUGUGUGUACCAAGAGAUCAUGCUUUAAGGCGUGAGAUUAUGGGAGAUGCCCAUUAUACUAGCUAUACAAUUCACCCAGGUAGCACCAAGAUGUAUCGUGAUUUGCGUAGUACAUUUUGGUGGCGGAACAUGAAGAGGGAAAUAGCUAGAUUUGUCUCACAAUGCCUGACUUGCCAAAAAGUCAAGGCUGAACACCAAAGACUUCUUGGAAAACUGCAGCCUUUACCUAUUCCCCAGUGGAAGUGGGAAAACAUCACCAUGGACUUUGUGACUGGUUUACCACGAACCGUAAAGGGUAAUGAUUCCAUCUGGGUCAUCGUUGAUCGAUUGACCAAAUUAGCUCACUUCUUACCCUAUCGGACUGGCACCUCCAUUGAGAAGCUUGCCAAUAUGUACAUGGAGGAGAUAGUCAAGCUACAUGGAGGAGAUAGUCAAGCUACAUGGAGUCCCUAUUGGAAGGGUUCGUGGGAUCAACACUUAUCUAUGGCUGAAUUUGCAUACAAUAGUUGUUAUCAAUCUAGCAUCUGCAUGGCACCGUUUGAGGCUUUGUAUGAUCGAAGGUGUAGAUCACCUGUUUGUUGGACGGAAGUGGGCGAAAGGAGCAUUUUAGGCCCAGAAUUGGUGCAACAAUCUUCUAAGAUUGUGCAGUUGAUCAAGGAAUGCCUUCGUGCUGCACAAAGCAAGCAGAAAAGCUAUGCUGAUAGAAGGAGACGAGACCUUGAGUUUGAAGUUGGUGACCAUGUAUUUUUGAAGGUGUCACCCACUCGAGAUGUCCUCAGGUUUGGCAUCGGGGGAAAAUUGAGUCCGAGGUAUAUUGGACCAUAUCCUAUCUUGGAAAGGAUUGGCGAGGUAGCUUAUAGAUUGGAAUUGCCUGGAAAUUUAGCGGGUGUUCAUGAUGUGUUCCAUGCGUCCUUACUUUGGAAGUAUGUCCCCGACCCAAGUCACAUUAUUAAUCCCGAACCAAUUCAACUCCGAGAGGAUCUCACUUAUGACGAGCACCCGAUCCGCAUUUUGGAUGUCAAGGAGAGGAUAAUGCAAAGAAGGACUAUUCGUUUUGCUAAGGUCCUAUUGGAUAACCAUUCGAUUGAAGAAGCUACUUGGGAGUUAGAAUCCAAGAUGAGACAAGAACAUCCACACCUCUUCCAAGAUUGAGGCCUCCCCAAUGUUCCUGCCGACUCCUCCCAUACCUGCCAGCUCCAACCUUGCUUGUUGAGGAUUUUUGGUCCUUGACUGUUCUAUGACCUUAGCACUUGGGUUAGGCCUUCUAUCCUGUGCACUUAAGGUAAGUAAAUUUAUGGUAAUGCC